UUCUAUGAGUUCCAGGAGCCGGCCCAGAGCCUCCAGGACGAGAACUGUAACGCGAGCCCCGAGACCGGGGCAGGGGCGGGCGGGGCAGUCGUCGGCCUCCCAGCGCUGGCCCGCAGCUUGGAGGAGAAGCUGAGCCUGUGUUUCCGGCCGUCGGGCGCGGGCGCCGAGCCCCCAAGGGCGGCCGUGCGGCCCAUCACGGAGCGCAGCCUCCUGCAGGGGGACGAGAUUUGGAAUGCCCUGACAGAUAAUUAUGGAAAUGUAAUGCCUGUGGACUGGAAGUCAUCCCAUACCAGAACCUUACACUUGCUUACUCUGAACCUCUCAGAAAAAGGGAUCAGUGACAGUUUGUUCUUUGAUACAUCAGAUGAUGAGGAACUUCGAGAACAACUGGAUAUGCAUUCAAUCAUUGUCUCCUGUGUCAGCGAGGAGCCUCUCUUCACUGCAGAUCAGGUUAUUGAAGAAAUUGAAGAAAUGAUGCAGGAAUCCCCGGACCCAGAAGAUGAUGAAACCCCCACACAGUCCGAUCGGCUGUCAGUGCUUUCCCAGGAAAUUCAGACCCUUAAGAGAUCUAGUACAAGCAGUUAUGAAGAGAGAGUGAAAAGGCUCUCAGUAUCUGAAUUAAAUGAGCUCCUGGAAGCAAUUGAGACAGCCAUUAAGGAUUACUCUGAAGAGCUGGUGCAGCAGUUGGCCCUGCGAGAUGAACUGGAGUUUGAAAAGGAAGUGAAAAACAGCUUCAUUUCUGUUCUUAUUGAAGUGCAAAACAAACAGAAAGAGCACAAAGAAAUGGCCAAAAAGAAGAAGAAACUCAAAAACAGCGGCUCUCAGAAUGGCAAGCACGAGAAGAGCCAUAUGCCCGGCACGCGCUUCAGCAUGGAAGGGAUCUCAAAUGUCAUUCAGAAUGGCCUCCGCCACACCUUUGGAAAUUCAGGUGGAGAGAAACAGUACUUGACAACAGUCAUUCCUUAUGAGAAAAAAAAUGGACCACCAUCUGUUGAAGAUCUUCAAAUAUUAACAAAAAUUCUUUGUGCCAUGAAGGAGGACAGUGAAAAAGUCCCAAGCUUGUUAACUGAUUAUAUACUGAAAGUUCUGUGUCCUACAUAGAAUGGCAUCACAUUGGGAGCACUUUUCCCUCCGUGGACGGCGAGCUCGGGUUUCUAUAGCGUUCUUCUGAAAGCUGGCUGCCGCUGCUUUCCUGCACUGCUGCUGGAAAUGAAGCGCACAUCAACUUGGCUUUGUGAUUUCAGUAUUAAUAGAUCAUGACUCCACUAAUUCUUUAUAUUAUAAAGACAUAUGGCACUAUUUUGAAAUCUAGAGAUGGUUUUUGUUAAAUUUGUUAAUAAUCAUGAACUGUUCUUUAGUAGAGUAAGGGGGAAUAAUACUGUGUAUGUGCAGUUGUAUUUUUCAUUAGCAGUAUGCUCAUUUUUGUGGCUUUCUAGAUCUAAAUUGCACUGAAGAACUGGAUUAAAGCAUUAAGAGAUUUAUACUAUAGCUAUUCUUCAGUGAUGGCAAGAACCAACACUGAUUUUUAUAAGAGAACUGUCAGUAUACGUAUUACCUAGCAGUAUUGCCAAGAGACUGAAACGGAACAAGCUUGGGCAGUUCUUGAAGAAGUGACACCAGAAUAUGCAUUACGUUGGCUAAAUACUUACUUAGUGAAUGUUGACACUGUUGGAGAUGGUGGAUUUGUAUAGCUUGCUGCUUGUCGCCAUGUUCCGAUUUUAACCAUGAAGUUGCCAUUCACUUUCAGAAUCUUGUAUUAGCUUUUAGACAUUUAAAUGUUUUGUUUCAUGUGUCCGUGAAGAAGUGUACUGUAAAAGGAGCUUGCAUCCUUUAAGGUGCUUAAACUAUAUGCUGCAGCGUUGCCCCUUUCCCAUUACUGUGGUUGAUUUUAUGAUGCCUAUUUCUCUAUAAAGUACUAAUUCUAGAAACAGCUACUUAUGGAUAUAUCACUAGUCAUGCAACAUUUUGCUGGUUCCAAUCAAGUCAGUGACAUUUAAUAAAUGGAAAAAAAAAAGA